AUUAUUUUUUGCAAAUUUUCGUUAAAAUCAUGAUUUCGCAUACUAUACUCGAGUCCUUUAUAAGGUUCAAUUGAGUCUGUGACGUCAUGUGCAAAUAGAGCGCAAAAGUGGCGCACUUGUUGACGUAACAAUCUCUGCAUUCAGCUGUGUCCACUCGCUGUAAUCAAAAUCAAUUGAAACCAAUCAAAUAGACAAAAGGCCGCUAAACAAAUAGAAAAAGCGGAGAAAAGCGCAGCUAUCAGACGAGUGAGCCCAAACUGUUCCAUAUAAGGCUAAACCAUGUUCCGAAGGCUUAGUACAUUGAAGGUCAGCAGAAUGCGCGGUUUCUCAGCGCUGGUGCAGACCAAGGCAUUGGUCAAUGGCAAUUGGAUUGAUUCCUGCAGCAGGCAAACUUUUGAGGUGAAAAAUCCCGCCAAUGGACAGGUGAUUGGCCAUGUGCCCGAUAUGACAGUCGAGGAUGCACAGCAGGCGAUUAAUGCCGCCAAGCAGGCUUAUGAGUCCAAGGAGUGGCGCUCCCUAACCGCCAAGGAUCGCUCAAAUAUGUUGAAAAAAUGGCACCAGCUCAUCGAGCAGAAUGCACAGGAAAUCGCCGAAAUCAUGACAGCCGAGUCUGGCAAACCCAUCAAUGAGUCUAGGGGCGAGGUCGUCUAUGGCAAUGCGUUCGUCGAGUGGUUUGCCGAGGAAGCGCGUCGUAUUUAUGGCGAAAUAGUGCCCAGCGGCCAGCCAAAUCGUGAGGUGAUUGUCAUGAAGCAGCCCAUAGGCGUGGCUGCGCUGAUAACACCCUGGAACUUUCCGUUGGCCAUGAUAACACGCAAAGCGGGCGCUGCCUUAGCCGCCGGCUGCACCGUGGUCGUCAAGCCCUCAGAGGAUACGCCCCUCACAGCACUCGCUGUUGCCAAGUUGGCCGAGCAAGCGGGCAUUCCUAAGGGCGUCAUCAAUGUGGUGACCACCAAGCAGGCCGCUCCAAUUGGAGAACUGUUCUGCAAGAGUCCCGAUGUACGUGGCAUUAGCUUCACCGGCUCCACGCAGGUUGGCAAGCUGCUCUUCCGCAACAGCGCAGAUGGGAUUAAGCGCGUCUGCCUGGAGCUCGGCGGCAAUGCACCGUUUAUUGUCUUCAAUUCGGCAAAUGUGGAGAAGGCGGUGGAUGGCGCCAUGGCCUCCAAAUUCCGAAACUGCGGACAAACUUGUGUCUCGGCAAAUCGUUUUUUUGUGCAGGAGGGCAUCUAUGAUAAGUUUGUGUCGCAGCUGAAGCAACGAGUGGAGGCGCUCAAGAUUGGCGAUGGCAAAUCUGCAGAUGUGCAAAUUGGUCCGUUGAUCAACAAGAUGCAGUACGACAAAGUAAGCGGCUUUGUGGAGGAUGCGCGCGACAAGAAGGCCAACAUCAUAGUGGGUGGAAAGGGGCUGCAGGAGCUUGGCUCCCUCUUCUAUGCGCCCACCAUAGUCACAGAUGUGCCAACGUCGGCGCAUAUCUACACCGAGGAGGUUUUCGGACCCGUUGUGUCCAUCAUCAAAUUUAAAGAUGAGGCGGAGGCAGUGCAAAAGGCAAACGACACGCAACGUGGUCUGGCUGGCUAUUUCUACAGUGAGAAUCUGCAGCAGGUGUUCCGCGUGGCUAAGCGUUUAGAGGUAGGCAUGGUGGGUGUUAAUGAAGGCAUUAUCUCCGCACCAGAGGCUCCGUUUGGCGGCGUCAAGGAGUCGGGCGUGGGACGCGAAGGCUCCAGGCAUGGCAUCGACGAUUAUGUAGAUAUCAAGUAUAUAUGUAUGGGUAAUUUAAAAUAUGAUUAAAAUACCCAUUGCCGCACGCUAUAGCUUUAAGUAGCAGUCUUCCACUAGCAAAAUGCUUGUUUGUUGUAAAUUCUAAUUAAAAAUAUAUGUAACAAAAUGUGCACAAAAA